AAGGAUGAAGUUUUAGUCUCCUCCUCGCCCUAUGUUAAGGAUGAGCACCACUACGUUUGUUUAUGCUGUCCAGUUUCUGGAAUGCCCAUCUGCAUAAAGAGUAUCCAUGGAAAACAUUGGAGAACAAGUUGUGUGCCUGAUUGCUUAUCAUCUACUUUUCGCAAUGUUUGUCUGGUCAUAUUGGAAAACUAUCUUUACGUUACCAAUGAAUCCUUCAAAAGAAUUCCAUCUGUCUUACGCAGAGAAAGAACUGCUGGAGAGAGAGCCCAGAGGAGAAGCCCAUCAGGAAGUUCUCAGGCGAGCAGCCAAGGACCUUCCCAUCUACACCAGGACCAUGUCUGGAGCAAUCCGCUAUUGUGACAGAUGCCAACUCAUAAAACCAGACCGCUGCCAUCACUGUUCCGUCUGUGAUAAAUGUAUUUUGAAGAUGGAUCAUCAUUGCCCAUGGGUGAACAAUUGUGUUGGAUUUUCAAAUUAUAAAUUUUUCCUCCUUUUCUUGGCUUAUUCUCUGCUGUACUGCGUUUUUAUUGCUGCUACAGAUUUACAGUAUUUUAUCAAAUUUUGGACCAAUGGCCUACCUGAUACUCAAGCCAAGUUCCAUAUUAUGUUUUUAUUCUUUGCUGCAGCUAUGUUUUCUGUCAGCUUGUCUUCUCUGUUUGGCUAUCAUUGUUGGCUAGUCAGCAAAAAUAAAUCUACAUUAGAGGCAUUUAGAAGUCCAGUCUUUCGACAUGGAACAGAUAAGAACGGAUUCAGCUUGGGUUUCGGUAAAAAUAUGCGACAGGUUUUUGGUGAUGAGAAGAAGUACUGGUUGCUCCCCAUUUUUUCAAGUCUAGGUGAUGGCUGCUCCUUUCCAACUUGCCUUGUUAACCAGGAUCCCGAACAACCAUCUACUCCUGCAGGAUUGAAUUCAACAUCCAAAAAUUCUGAAAACCAUCAAUUUCCUGCCAAGCCAUUGAGAGAGUCCCAAAGCCACCUUCUUACUGAUUCUCAGUCUUGGAGCGAGAUCAGCACAAACCCGGGAAAAGGAAAAACUGGUAUGAGCAAUCCUGCACUGACCAUGGAGAAUGAGACCUAACUCUUCUAACAAAAUUCACUCAGACUUUAUGAAAGUAUCAAUACUGUUGAUGGAUGGAAGAGGCUUCCCACACGAAGGCACCAUUAGCCAGUUUUUCCCAUUUCCCUCUGGCUGGAUCUACAGAAUAUGAAUUGAUUAGUUCUCUCCAAGCCGUUGCUUAAAGCGUAACACAUUUUUAACCCAGUAUACAGUUUGUUUCAACUAACACAAAUUCCUGUUAAAUACUAAGAGUGGUUAUGGUUGAUGAAUCAAGGACAAAAAUAUCUUCUAUCAUAAAAACCUGAAAUAAAUUCAUGGGCCAGUUUUCACCCAAAUAUUUGGGUAGCACAGUUUAUUACAUCAAAAGCCCAUUUGAUCCUCUGAUUUUCUGUUCAUAAAAUUGAAAGUAUUAAGAUACUGAGAUUUAAAGGAAUUCAAGUCACAUUGUAAUAAUCAGCUUUAUUCAUAAAACCUAGUAGUUUCCUGUGAGAAGGGGGAGGUAGUAAAUGGGACUAGUUUACUCCCUCCGGUGUGAAUCCAGCCUCAGACUGCGUGGACUGUAAAAACUACGAAUUUAUUACAGAUUUCAGAUGGCCUGCAGUUGAAGAUGACCAUCCAUUUUUUUUGCCGGACUUUAAUCUAAUUCUAGCCUUUGUUCCCUGCUGGAAAAGAAGUGUGAUCGUUGAAGCUGGAGCUCAGCUGGCUAGAAAAUCGUUGUCAGAACGAGUGCAUUUCCAUUACAUCAGAAAUGUAUUUUCAUCUCUUUCAAUUAUCUGAAAAUUGGGGGAAAGUCUACAAUCCCACUUCUGAAGAUUAGUUUAUGUUAUUCUUUUGCUGGCUUGGCUUUUGAAAAUCUCUUUUUAGGUUAUUUCUCCUGUUGAACAUAGAAGAAAUACUGAAUUUCUGUUGAGAAUUCAUCAUGGACCAAUAGAUGAAUCCUCCAUUGAUACCUGUUUUAUUUCUGUGUCCUCUCAUCAAAAGUUUGACAGUUUAAUAACUACAUAGGUCCUCAAAAACCGGCUACGAUUAAAUUAUGUAAAUCAUCAAAAAUCAUACACUUUUGGAAAUUUAGUUCAACGUGAACUAAAUGGCUUGCUGUUUGGAAACUGAGUUUAAGGUAAACUAAAGUGGUGUGUUUGUUGAUGCCAAAAUGUUCGGCUUCAGUAAAUACACCAAGAAGCUCUUGUGCCUUGUAUGCACUAUUAAAAAAAAGUUUUAUUUUAUUCUUUUUAAUUUGAUGGAGUGCAAGUUUUGUAAAUGUUAGCAAUUAGAAUAUGCUGUAUACAUUUUUUUGGUACUGAUUUUGAGAAUUUAAAGCAGAUUACCUUUUAAGACUACACAGCUAAGGAACUGGUAUUUAAUCAGAGAAAACGGUAUUAAAAGUUUUCAAAAUCUGACUUAGACAAACUGAACACAAACUAGACUAGAAGAUGAGAGGAUAAUGGAGUAAAAGAUCCUUGCAAUUAUUCAUCCUUGCUAAAAAUACAGAGUUUUAUAUUAAAUGACUUUAUGAAAGAACCAAUGUCAGCCCGGUCCAUUUUAUAAGUCAUUUCAGUGCAGUUCUUUGAACAAUAGGAUGGUGGUCUUUUUCAAUUUUUUUUUUUAAGCUAAAGCUUUUGAUCUGAGAGUCUACUUCAAGAAAUCUCAGAAGGUAUGAUACAUUUUUACUUUUUAUCUUAAAGUAUUUUUGGUCAUCAUUUUUCACUACCUGAAGUGCCAGGUUGGAACCUGUAGCUGCUGCUUGAAGUCUUAAGGGCAACAGCAUCAUGUAAUGUAUUAAAAAUUAUAUGCAGCCAGGUUUCCUCAAAGCACAGUACUAGAGCUGUCCUUAGUGACAGGUGUCCCCUCCUGUCAAACUAGAAGCUAGGGGAAGAGUGGGCUUUUGAUUCUUCACUUUGCUAGAGUGCUGUUAACCACCCCUCUUUAGCUUUUUCAUGUAAUUAUUGAAACACAUAAAUCAAUACACAUUAGAAUCAGAUUUGAAAACAUAUUUUAAAAUAAAAUGUUUUUCAUUAUAUUGUAAUGGUCCCCUUUUUGGUUUCAUACGAUGACAAAUCUUUAAAGGGUUUUUUGUUUUGUUUUUAAUUUUAGGGGAUUAUAAUUUUUGGAGAUGAUGGCGCUGAUCACUAGAUAUGCAGGAUCCAUUUUACUGGAGUGAAUAAAGCAUCAAAUAAACCUGCAUUUUGUAUGUAUUUAUAAAUUGCACCUUAAAAACACCUUAAACAUUUUACUUUAAAUACUCAGUAACUCAGAUUUGAAGACACCUGAAGCAUGAUUCCUGACAGUCCAUUAAACUGACAUUUUGAUUUUUCCUGUUUUUAGAGAUUCUAUCAUAUAGGUAUCAAUAUUUAAGAAUUUUUUCAUUUAAUAAUAUUGUACAAAUGCUUCAUAUGUAUUAGCUAACUAUUUGCCAUUGUGUAGGUAAAGAAUUGUUUUUUUCAAAGAUAAAGAAAAACUGCAUCUAAAUACAGUGAUGAGACAUUCAAGGAAGUGCUUAUCUGCAAACUCCCUCCUCUUAUUCCAUAAUAAAGGCAGGUUGAUCACCUUUGUUAGCUGUUGAUAUGCAAUUGCCUUUGCACUGACAAUCUAAAUGGCUUUAAAGAUACACAUUCCUAACAGACUGCCAGAACUACUACAAAACUCAUGUCUGCAGCCUGCUCAUAAUAUAGGUCUUUUGAGAAGAGAUGGAUGAAAGGAUGAUGUAAUUACUCCUUAGUAGUUAAAUGAGCCUGAAGACAAUUAGAAACAGACAAAAUUCAAGCACACUGAAAGCAACAGAUAAUUGGAAAUUUGGUAUGUUUGACAGAAAACUGUCUUCACUAGGAAAGUCAAACACAAAGGUCUUAUAAACCAUGUUCAUAAAAAAAGUUAAGCUAGUAAUCAUGUGAUUCAUGCUUCAAGAAAACCUGUGAAAAAGCUGUUACUCUAUUAUCUUACCAACUAGCAAGUUUUCCCUAUUUUGAAAUAGUAUGUGUAAACCUACUGGGCUGACUCUGGAGUUAACACUGUAUACUUUGGUAUACAAUUAUUAUAUUGUCAGAUAUUUACUUGUAUAAGUGAUAGUUCUGAUACUCUUAUGAAUUUUUAAAAAUACCACAUAUAUACAAACCCCGUAAAUGUUAAAAGCAAAUCCGCUUACACCGUGAACCAUGAUGAAGGUAUCCUCCAGUAUGACCAUCCCACCCACCUCCACAGACUACAAAUUCCGACCUCGUCUGAAGUGACACAGUUCAACAGUGGAUUUUCACAUGUAACAUACAUCUCUAGGUUAAGAGCUUUCUGUGGACAACUGUCUGAAGUCAUCCCAAAUAUUUGAACAGCCUGCACUUCUUUCCACAUACUUAGCCAGUGAGGACUUAUUUCCUGGAGGCAGACUGCCUUAUACACCUUAAGUAUUUGUUACUCUUUUCAAAGAACCACUGGAAUUUUUUUUAACCUUGUCUUGGUAAAAAUUCAUAGAUUCUCAUUUUUAUUGAAACUUCAGCAAUUUGAUCACAUCACUUAUUAAAAGCAUUAAGUACAUUCCAGCAUUAGAGAAGUCUUGAUUUUUAAAACUAACAUAGUCUUUUCCUCCACUAGAUUUAGAAUUUAGUAACAAAUAAACCUUUGUUACAGAACACAAGCAACUGUGUUAUACUUUUUAAUGGUCCAAACCACGCACUCUCCUUUUCUCUUUGCCAUGAUGAGUUUGUUAUUCUUUUACAGUAGAGUCCUGAUUUGUAUCGAGUGGACAUCACUGAAGGGAUGACUCCGAGUAGGCUUGUUUCAAAGGAACUCCUGUGGAUCAUAAACUAUGCACACGAAGUAUCUCCCAGCAUGAUGGUCAGUGUAGCAAGAGGCUCUGAAAUAGGAUGUUUUUCUGUCUUCGGAAGAAGAGGAUGUAAGUAAAGAGGGUGCUUGUCCAUAAUGCAAUCCUAGGUUACUAAGAGUGCAGUCUCUGACACCCUUUAACUGUUCUUUAGCAACAAAAAGUUCAAAUGAAAUAGCCUGGCCAUUGCCAAUAAAGACGACUUUAAAUCACUUGCAGUCUUUAAAUCAUUUGCACUCUUACUACAGGAGAGUGAUAGCAAAAACAACACUGGUGACAAUGCCCGUAGUUCUUUGAUAUUCCUGCUCAUAGCCACUAUUCAGUAUUCUGUUUACACUUGGUGGGGAAAUACGCGUCGGGGUUAUUCCUCUUUUGUGUUGACUUAAUUCUGAGUACCAGUUAAACCAAAGGGGGCCUUUUGAUAAGUGAUUUUAAACUCUGAUGUAUGCUAAAGCAGCUCCUUACUGCUCAGAAAAAGCCAGAACUAUUUAGAUUCAGGAAAACAAACUGAUUUAUGUUGCAUCUUCCAGGGAAGGUUUAACAAUGUAAGGAACUCAAUUCUGAUGUGAAUGUAAUACUUAUCUUACUACGUCUCGUUUGACAGAUAAAGGUGCUUAAUCAAACUGGGGGGGAAAAAAAAAACACCAUACAUUGGCCCCAACGUAGAGUUCUGUUGAUGCUGAAUUAAAGAACUGCUACCAUGGAAA